AUGGCGGCUUCACAAAUCCCCUCGCAUCUACAUGAUGAGGAAGCCGUAACACCAUACACCAUGCACGUCUCAUCCCGCUACCUCGACCUCACGCACCAAAAACUCCAACUCACCCGUCUCCCCCGCGAACUCGACCUCCCGGAUUCCCACCGCUGGGCCCAAGGCACACCUAAAAGCGUCCUAGAACCGCUUCUGGAUUUCUGGCUAGAAGGGUACGAUUGGCGGAAAGCGGAGCUGGCAAAACCAUUGAAAUCGAAUCCGGAAACGAAGACGGAGAUGGAAACGUUACGUGUACAUUUUGUGCAUAAGCGGUUUGCUCGUGCGAAUGCGGUUCCUUUGCUGCUGUGCCAUACGUGGCCGUCUUCAUUUAUCGAGGUGCAGUGUCUAAUUGAGGCGUUGACGGAGCCGGUGGGAGGGCUGGGGGAGGCUGAGGAGCAGGUACAAGCGUUCCAUGUGGUGGCGCCUAGUAUAUCCGGUUUUGGGUUUAGCGAUGCGAGUUCAAGAGAGGGGUUUGGGCUAGCGGAGACGCCGGCGGUUUUUGAUAAGGUGAUGGGGAGGCUGGGAUAUGGAGGAGGGUAUGUGGCGAGUGGGACGGAGUGUAUAUGCCGAGCCCUCGCAUUCAAUCAUCCAACACGCUGUCUCGCAGUGCAUACGUCUAAUCCUUCCUUUCCUGCUCCGAGCUUCAAACGCAGUAGAAUCGCGUACUUGAAGUACCGCGUCACCAAACUUACAAAAGCUAAGAUUCCGAUGUUGAGCUUUGGAUAUACGCCCAGUGAAAUCUCCACACCACGCAGUGCUCAAACAUCUGGCACUAUCAAAGACGCAUUACAACUGCAGAGACCCCUGGGCCCGACACUCCAUCAUCUCUACUCUCUCCGCCCACAAACCCUCGCUUUCUCGCUAGGUGACUCGCCCAUGGGUUUACUGGCCGCGUUGCUAGACGUACUCCACACGCGAGAGGUGGUGCAUGAUCCCUUGGCAUCGAGACCUAUAAGUCCAUUUCUGUCGCCGGUAGAGUUGGAGAUGCAAGAAGUGCGCGCUAUCCAAGCUGUUAAUGCGAACUCCCAUGAAACAUCGACAUCGACACAUGGAUUGGAGUCUGUGGAUGAAGAGAGUGAUUGGUUACCUGGGCCUGAAGCUGCGCUGCGCUGGUUACGUUGUGCACAUCUCGACAGCGAGUCUCUACAGAAUGCAUAUUCGUCUGUGCGAUUAGGCAUCAGUACGUUUUACGCGCAGACAAGCUGUACCAAGGACAGUGAAGCAGGAACACCGCCACCGCUGAUGUGGGGCUCAUCAAGCUGGGACAUUGCAUGGGUAAAGAGACAUCAACGGCCUGGUACACUGCCUGGACUUGAAGCUCCCGAUCUGCUGGUCCCGGAUCGGAGGGAGUAUUUCGGUGGAUUGAGUAAGGGUGGCAGGAUUGGGACAUCGGGGAGCCGUGAGCGAGACUGCUCAGAAGGGUAA